AUGGCACAUCAAAGAACUCACACAGGAGAGAAGCCGUUCUCCUGUUCUGAAUGUGGGAAAUGUUUUGGAACUAAAUCAGAACUUAAGGCACAUCAGAGAACUCACACAGGAGAGAAGCCGUUCUCCUGUUCUGAAUGUGGGAAAUGUUUUGGAACUAAAUCAGAACUUAAGGCACAUCAGAGAACUCACACAGGAGAGAAGCCGUUCUCCUGUUCUGAAUGUGGGAAAUGUUUUGGAACUAAAUCAGAACUUAAGGCACAUCAGAGAACUCACACAGGAGAGAAGCCGUUCUCCUGUUCUGAAUGUGGGAAAUGUUUUGGAGCUAAAUCAGACCUUCUUAGACAUAAGAGAACUCACACAGGAGAGAAGCCGUUUUCCUGUUCUGAAUGUGGGAAAUGUUUUGGAACUAGAUCAGACCUUAUUCCACAUUUGAGAACUCACACAGGAGAGAAGCCGUUCUCCUGUUCUGAAUGUGGGAAAGGCUUUGUAACUAAAUCAGACCUAAUUUCACAUUUGAGAACUCACACAGGAGAGAAGCCGUUCUCAUGUUCUGAAUGUGGGAAAUGUUUUGCUUUUAAAUCAAACCUUGUUAGACAUAAGAGAACUCACACAGGAGAGAAGCCGUUCUCCUGUGCUGAAUGUGGGAAAGGAUUUGGAACUAAAUCAGACCUUACUUCACAUCAAAGAACUCACACAGGAGAGAAGCUGUUCUCCUGUGCUGAAUGUGAGAAAUGUUUUAGAACUAAAUCAGACCUUAUUUCACAUCAGAGAACUCACACAGGAGAGAAGCCGUUCUCCUGUUCUGAAUGUGGGAAAUGUUUUGGAACUAAAUCAGGCCUUAUUUCACAUUUGAGAACUCACACAGGAGAGAAGCCAUUCUCAUGUUCUGAAUGUGGGAAAUGUUUUGUCAAUAAUUCAAAGCUUAUUAUUCAUCAGAUAAUUCACUCAGAAGUGAAGCCAUUCUCGUGUACUGAAUGUAGAAAAGGUUUUGGAACUAAACCAGAACUUAUGGCACAUCAGAGAACACACACAGGAGAGAAGCCAUUCUCCUGUUCUGAAUGUGGGAAAUGUUUUGGGGCUAAAUCAGACCUCCUUUCACAUCAGAGAACUCACACAGGAGAGAAGCCGUUCUCCUGUUCUGAAUGUGGGAAAUGUUUUGGAACUAAAUCAGGCCUUAUUUCACAUUUGAGAACUCACACAGGAGAGAAGCCGUUCUCAUGUUCUGAAUGUGGGAAAUGUUUUAGCCAGCAUUCAAACCUUGUUCUACAUCAGAGAACUCACACAGGAGAGAAGCCAUUCUCCUGUUCUGAAUGUGGGAAAUGUUUUGUCAGUAAUUCAAAGCUUAUUAUUCAUCAGAGAACUCACACAGGAGAAAAGCCGUUCUCCUGUUCUGAAUGUGGGAAAUGUUUUGGAACGAAAUCAGACCUUGUUAGACAUAAGAGAACCCACACAGGAGAGAAGCCGUUCUCCUGUUACUGA